AGGCUAUUGUGAAUUGUGAAAUGUGUAUUGUGAAUUAAUAACAUAAAACAUUCAAUCAUUCAUUAUUGUGUAUUGUGUAAUUUGUAAUGUCUUUAUAGUUUGUUAGUUUUUUUAUUGUGAGUAGCCAGUAAUCCGUUCUAAAAUACAAGGGAUUACGGUAAAAUAUAAAAAAGGCAAAUCAAUUAUUAAUUGAAUUGUUCUAUAUAAAUUCUAUUAGCUAAGAAUUUACAAAAAUGACUACUGCUGCAAGGCCUACAUUUGAUCCUGCCCGAGGCGGUCAGGGUCGAGGUGAAAAAGAUUUAAGUGCUAUUUCGCGACAGUAUUCCAGCCGAGACUUACCUGGGCAUACCAAACUUAAGUACAGAGAGCAAGGUCAAAGCACUACAGAGGAAUUAAGGUCGCGUGAUUUUCGUAAGGAAUUAGAUGAAAGAGAAAAAGAAAUAAAAGGACCAAACAGGAGACAUGCUGAGCCUGCACCAAAAAAAACAAAAGCAGAUCAAGUCCCUGCAGCCAGUCUGGAUGCCGACGAUCCACUAGAGGGAGAUUCUUCAGACUCUGAUGACUCUGAUGAUGACACUGCUGCAUUAUUAGCAGAAUUAAAUAAAAUAAAAAAGGAGCGUGCUAUUGAGCAGGCUAAAAAGGAAGCUGAAAAGAAACAAGAGGAAGAAAGGAUAAGAAUGGAAAAUAUACUGUCUGGCAAUCCCCUGCUUAAUUACUCAGCAGCUGCACAAAAAAAUGAUUUAAAGGUUAAAAGGCGUUGGGAUGAUGAUGUUGUUUUCAAAAACUGUGCUCGCUCAGAACCUGACAAAAAAGUUAAUAAUUUUAUAAAUGAUUCACUGAGAUCAGAAUUUCAUAAAAAGUUCAUGGAAAAAUAUGUAAAAUAAUUUGUAAUUAAUUUAAAUAAACUUAUUAAUCUUG